AUGAACACCCUUAACAAAGUCAAGAAUGCCAUGUUCCCGCCGCCGGCCUACUCAGAGGACGGCCGCGCACAAUGGCCCUCCCGCACGUCCUUCCUGCUGGCCUCGAUGGGCGGAGCGAUGGGAUUCGGCAACAUGCUGCGUUACCCGUCGCAGGUGUACAACAAUAGCGGUCUGCAAUGGUUCAUUCCAUACCUCAUCGCCAUCACGUGCCUGGCCAUCCCGGUGCUCAUCCUGGAGAUCUCCAUCGGUCAAGCGCACCGCAGCGGAACGGUCAACGCCUUCAAUGCGCUCGAUAAGCGCCUCCGUGGCGUCGGCUUGGGUAUGGUCUUCACCGGCUACAUCGUCUGCGUCUACUACGUUCCCAUGCUGUCGUGGGUAUGGGUCUACUUCCGCAGCUCGUUCCAGAGCUCGCCGUUCGCCUGGACAGGAAGAGCCGAAGAUUUCUUCUACAACGAUGUCGUCAUAAACCGAGAGUCGAUUCCGGGGGUCAUCAGCGGCGGCAGCGUCCAGAGCUACUCAUCCUAUCCCAACACAGGCGUCUCUGGCGAGCUCAUCGGCUGGACCAUUCUCUCCUGGCUGAUCGUCUGGCUAUGCAUCCAUAAGGGCGUCUCCAUCACAGGAAGAGUCGUGUACCUCACCAUCGGCCUACCCAUUAUAAUGACAAUCAUCCUUCUUGGUCGAGGUGUCUCACUGGAGAACGCCGGCCGCGGCAUCAAGCUCUACUUCGGCGAGUGGCACUCGGAAAAGCUCGCCUCUGGCCAGAUAUGGCAGGACGCUACCGGUCAAGUCUUCUAUUCGACCGGCGUCGGCUUCGGGUACUUCACAGCGUACGCAAGCUAUAACAGUCAAUUCGCAAGCGCCGUGCAGGACUCCCUCAUCAUCUGUACCAGCAAUGCACUCUACGAGGUCACUGCCGCCUUCAUUGCCUUUGGCAUCGUCGGAUACCUGGAUAUGAUGCCUUCAGACAGCACGGAGCCUCUCGGAACGUACUCUCUCGGCUUCUUGACCUACCCCGUCGCUAUCGAUCAGAUGCCAGGAGCUCCGUUCUUCGCCAUCAUCUUCUUCUUGACGCUGAUCCUCCUUGGCAUCAGCUCUUCCUAUGCUAUGCUUGAUGGUCUGGUCACCAUUAUCUGUGACAGCGAGUACGGCCGCAGGUACAAGCACGUCACCGUGGCCUCCGUGUGCACCGUGGUCUCCUGCUUGAUGUCCUUCAUGUUUUGCACCGAGUUCGGAUACGAUCUCCUCAACGCCACAGAUCGCUGGGCCAACAACAUCGCUCUGCUGUUCGCCGCCUUCUGCGAGUGCUAUGGCUCGACAACCGUCUACCGCUGGGCCGAUGUCGCCGGGCAAGUGGGCCUCCCGUCGUUCGCUGUAUACAACUCUGGCUACCUGGGCGGCCUCGUCCUCGGAUGUGCGAUCGCACAUUCAGUUAGCCCGUCAGCGGGGGCCGGGGUGGGGUUCGGCAUAUUCAUCGUCUGCACCAUCACGGCGCUGUUGCUUGCCAAAGACCCAGAUUCGCGGGCACCGCGCUUCUUCGGCAAGAACAAGUUCCUCAACCGAGCCUGGUGGCUGUUCUUCUACUCGGGCAACCAACUCGCCCGUGAUCUCAACGUCACCGUCGCCACUGGCAAGGCCUGGUCCAUCCCACCCGUCUGGGGGGUGCUCCUCCGCUACGUCGCAGCGCCCAUCCUCGGCAUCAUCUUCUCGUUCUCCUACCCGUCUUUCACGCCAGACCGCUCCGGCUCGCUGGAGAUCUGGGGCUUCACCGUCGCGCACUUGGUGCUGCUCACCAUCAUCGCUGCGUUCCUCCUCCCGCGCUUCCUCGAUGUGCUGGUCCCUGUCGAGCGUCGUGCGGAAGGCGAUCGGGCGUACGCGCCACAGGUACUACUUGGUGCGGAAGACCUGCGGGUGAGCAACGGCAUCGAGACUGGUACCAGCUCAGGGUUGGAUUCUGGUUCUGACAAGGCGGAGCAUGAGUACGAGUCCAAGUCCGAGAAGUAG